AUGGAAAAAAGCAAUAAUAUCACUGUGUUUAUUCUCUUGGGACUUUCCCAAAACAAAAAUAUUGAAGUCCUCUGCUUUGCAUUCUUUUUAUUUUGCUACAUUGUUAUUUGGAUGGGAAGUGUGCUCAUAAUGAUUUCUAUCAUGUGCACUCAGCUAAUUAACCAGCCCAUGUAUUUCCUCCUCAAUUACCUCUCACUCUAUGAUCUUUGCUACACAUCCACAGUGACUCCCAAACUAAUGGCUGACUUACUGACAGAAAGGAAGACCAUUUCCUAUAAUAACUGCAUGAUACAGCUCUUUACCACUCAUUUCUUUGGAGGCAUCGAGAUCUUCAUUCUCACAGGGAUGGCCUAUGACCGCUACAUGGCCAUCUGUAAGCCCCUGCACUACACCGUCUUAAUGAGCAGGCUGAGGUGUAACACAGUCAUCAUGGCUUGCUGCACUGGGGGAUUUAUGCACUCUGACAGUCAGUUUCUUUUCACCAUCUUCUUACCAUUCUGUGGCCCCAAUGAGAUAGACCACUACUUCUGUGACAUGUUUCCUUUGCUGAAAUUAGCCUGUUCUAAUACAGAUAUAAUAGGUCUCUUAGUCAUUGCUAAUUCAGGCCUAAUUGCUUUGGUGACUUUUGUGGUCUUGAUGUCUUACUUUUUUAUAUUGUAUACUAUCAGAGCAUACUCUGCAGAGAGCCACAGCAAAGCUCUUUCCACUUGCAGUUCUCAUGUAGCAGUGGUGGUCCUGUUCUUUGCACCUGCGUUUUUCAUUUACAUUAGACCAGACACGUUCCCAGAAGAUAAAGUGUUUGCUCUUUUCUACACCAUCAUUGUCCCCGUGUUCAGCCCCCUGAUAUACACACUGAGAAACUUGGAGAUGAGGAAUGCCCUGAGGAAAGGUUGGUGCCAUCAAAUACUCCUGAAAGGAAAGUAA